AUGGCGUCCAACGAGGUUCCCAAGACCUGCAAGGUCAUCCUGGCCGACACCAUCGCGAAGAAGCUGCUGGCGGAGGUUCACGAUACGCUCCAGAAGAUCCAGGGUGCUGUCGAUCGCAAGCCCAGCCUUGUGGCUUUCCUCGCCAACGAUGAUCCCGCCGCUCUCAAGUACGCCGAGUGGUCCCAGAAGACGUGCCAGGAAAACGGCUUCGACUUCGACCUCCGCAAGGUCGACAACCAGGAGCUCGAGGAGAAGAUCAUGGAGGCCAACGACGACGACAAGGUCGACGGCAUGAUUGUCUACUACCCCAUCUUCCCUGGCAACCCGAUUCACGACAAGUACAUACAGGAGACCGUGUCGCUGGCCAAGGACGUCGAGGGCCUCUGCCACAAGCACCUCUACAACAUGUACCAUAAUGUCCGCUUCCUUGACCCGGAGCACCAGCUGAAGAAAUCGAUCCUGCCCUGCACGCCGCUGGCCGUCGUCAAGAUCCUCGAGCACCUGCAGAUCUACAACCCCAUCCUCGCGUCGGGCAACCGCCUCUACGGCAAGACCAUCACCGUCAUCAACCGCUCCGAGGUCAACGGCCGGCCCCUGGCCGCGCUCCUCGCCAACGACGGUGCCCAGGUCUAUUCGGUCGACAUUACCGGCGUGCAGCUCUUCACGCGCGGCCAGGGCAUCAAGCAGCCGCGCCACCAGGCCGAGGAGAAGAAGGGCUGGGGCCUCGAGCAGUGCCUGCCCCUCAGCGACGUCAUCAUUGGCGGCGUGCCGUCGGAGAACUACAAGGUCCCCAUCGACCUCAUCCCGCGAGGGCGCCGUGAGAAGGCGUCCAUCUAUGUGCCCUCCGUGGGCAAGGUGACUAUUGCGGUCCUGUUGAGAAAUCUGGUGCGCCUGAUUGCGAACCGCCCGACGACCAAGGACAACGGUACGGAAGAUGCGAGCACGGCGCAGGCCAGGAGCGAGGCGUUCACGGAGGGUUAA